CCAGCACCAUGGUUACAGAAUUCAGAAUGCAGAAUUCAGAAUUCAGAAUUCGGAACAGUGAGUGGAAUUGCAUCACAGUCCGACUCAAAUGCUGUUCCUGCACAAGAGAAAUCUAUUCAGACCUUCAGUGACCAGGAACACAGCAACUAGCAGCAGUUAGCAGCACUUAGCAGCGAUCAGUAUUUCUCUUGUACUCCUGGACAUUACCAUCUGUAGUAGAAUGAACCACGAAAUGAUGGCCUCACUGUAUGUGGGUGAUCUGCACCCCGAGGUGACGGAAGCCUUGCUUGCGUGGACGUUCAGCCCUGCAGGCCGCAUUCACUCCAUCCGGCUCUGCAGGGACUGGAGGACCCGUUCCUCACUCGGCUACGCUUUUGUCAACUUUGAGCAGCGGGCUGACGCUGAACGAGCAAUGGAAAUGUUUCAUUUUGAGCUCCUUAUGGGACGGCCUAUGCGCGUCCAGUGGUCUCAGAGGGAUAAAUCCCUGAGGAACUCCACCGUUGGAAACCUGUUCAUCAAGAACCUGGACAAGUCAAUUGACACCUUGGCCCUUUUUCACACCUUCUCGGCCUUUGGGAAGGUCCUGUCUUGCAAGGUUGUAGGUGAUGAGAAGGGGUCGGAAGGGUAUGGCUACGUCCAUUUUGAGUCUGCAGAGGCAGCGGAUUUUGCCAUGAACCGGCUCAACGCCAAAGUGUUGAACGGCCGUAAAGUCUUCAUUGAACGCUUUAAGUCCCGUGAGGAGCGCAAGGCUCAGACGGGCCACUGGGGCUGGAAGCCGUUGUACGUGGAUGUGGCCCAGCGGAAAGAGGAACGUCAGGCUUACCCUGCCCAUCAGAACAGGCAGAGGAUGGCGAGCAUACAGGCUCAGAACCUGGCUGUCUCUUACACCCCCAGCCAGAAGGUCGAGCUCCGCCCGGAUCUGCUCUGGGCUGCCCAGACCAUCCAGACACAAUAUGUCCAGAAUAUACCCGAUGAGGUUCAACCUGUACCGGUGCAUCAGCAGACCGGUGGCACCAUCACAUCAACUACUCCAGGCACCAUGUUUGAAUGAAGAGUGUACAACCAUCAUUACACCAACACCUGAUGGUACUGUUCCAGUGACAGACACAGUGCCAGCUGUAGGAACAGUUCAAUCUGUACAUAGUGUCCCAGCUGUAGACACACCCACACCGGGUGAAGCAAAUAUGACAGAAAUAUGUUACAUGUAAAAAAAAAAGUAUAUUAUUCUAUAUUUUUAGCAUACUCUGUUUUUCCACACAAUUGUAUUAGUGCCUGUAAAUGAAAAGUACCAAAUAUAAUAUUUAAGAAAUAUUACCAGGCCCUAACACACACAUUGGUAUUGUGGUUUUUAGGACUCUCCAUAAUAUAUUCUGUACUGUACAAACUUUACAUUCGUAAUAAAAAGUAUGUGAACCCUUUGGAA